AGCGGGCGGGAGAGGAGCCGGGAGCGCGGCAGCACGGCUCUGGCCGGCCCUGCGAGGAGGCGAUCGCAGGGGAGGAGGAGGAGCAGGAGGAGGAGGGCUGCAGAGGCGGAGGGAUCUUCUCACCAGAGCCAGCCAGGCCAGCAAGUUUGGCUGGGGGUUGGACUUUCCUUCCCGGAGGCGGCACCCAAACAGCUACCCCGUGCGGAAACCCAAACUUUCUACUGCCACUCCGAGUCUCGCGGCCGCCGCCUCCGCCCCGCGCGCCCGGGGCCUGCCCGUCAAUUCGUCGGUCCUCGUGGAGCUGCUCGGGCGCCGUAGUGCUCCUGAUCCCCGCAGCUGCAGCGCCGCGGCCCCGGCCCAGAAGCCGGGGCAAGUUCUCCAGAGUUAGACGCGAAGUUUCGGGCGCGGCGCGGGCCGAGCUGCCCCUGUGCGCCCCCGGCGUCCCCAGUGCGCCCAGUCCCGCCGGGGGCGCCGGUGACCCUCCCGUGCCAGCCAUGUCGUCCAUCCUGCCCUUCACCCCCCCGAUCGUGAAGCGCCUGCUGGGCUGGAAGAAGGGCGAGCAGAAUGGGCAGGAGGAGAAGUGGUGUGAGAAGGCGGUCAAGAGCUUGGUGAAGAAGCUCAAGAAGACCGGGCAGCUGGACGAGCUGGAGAAGGCCAUCACCACGCAGAACGUGAACACCAAGUGCAUUACCAUCCCCAGGUCACUGGAUGGCCGGCUGCAGGUGUCCCAUCGGAAGGGGCUCCCCCAUGUCAUCUACUGCCGCCUAUGGCGAUGGCCUGACCUGCACAGCCACCAUGAGUUACGGGCCAUGGAGCUGUGUGAGUUCGCCUUCAACAUGAAGAAGGAUGAAGUGUGCGUAAAUCCUUACCACUAUCAGAGAGUAGAGACACCAGUUCUACCUCCAGUGUUGGUACCACGCCACACCGAGAUCCCGGCUGAGUUCCCCCCGCUGGAUGACUACAGCCAUUCCAUCCCUGAGAACACUAACUUCCCCGCUGGCAUUGAGCCCCAAAGCAAUAUUCCAGAAACCCCACCCCCUGGCUACCUGAGUGAAGAUGGAGAAACUAGUGACCACCAGAUGAACCACAGCAUGGACGCAGGCUCUCCAAACCUAUCCCCGAAUCCGAUGUCCCCAGCACACAAUAACUUGGACCUACAGCCAGUGACCUACUGUGAGCCGGCCUUCUGGUGCUCCAUCUCCUACUAUGAGCUAAACCAGCGAGUUGGGGAGACAUUCCACGCCUCACAGCCAUCCAUGACAGUGGAUGGCUUCACUGAUCCCUCCAACUCUGAGCGCUUCUGCCUGGGCCUGCUGUCCAAUGUCAACCGGAAUGCAGCUGUGGAGCUCACGAGGCGGCACAUUGGGAGAGGUGUGCGGCUCUACUACAUUGGAGGGGAGGUCUUUGCAGAGUGCCUCAGUGACAGCGCGAUUUUUGUUCAGUCACCCAACUGCAACCAGCGCUAUGGCUGGCACCCUGCCACCGUCUGCAAGAUCCCCCCAGGCUGCAAUCUGAAGAUCUUCAACAACCAGGAAUUCGCUGCCCUCCUGGCUCAGUCGGUCAACCAGGGCUUUGAGGCCGUCUACCAGCUGACUCGCAUGUGCACCAUCCGAAUGAGCUUCGUCAAAGGCUGGGGCGCCGAGUACAGAAGACAGACAGUGACCAGUACUCCCUGUUGGAUCGAGCUGCACCUGAAUGGGCCCUUGCAGUGGCUAGACAAGGUCCUCACCCAGAUGGGCUCCCCCAGUAUCCGCUGUUCCAGUGUGUCUUAGAGAUACUGGGAGUGGAGGGAGUGGGUGGGGGAGGGUGGGCUUGGGGAAAAUGGCCUUGGAAGAGAACUCCAUCCAACUUGUUUUUGUCAAAGAAGACAACAAAUUUCUCUCAACUAAGGCACCAACCUGUUUCUGAAACCACAAAAAAAACAAACAAAAAAAAAAUUCCCAGGGAUGAUUUUAUGAACAGCUGUGUCUGCAUAUAUGUGCCCCAGUUUGAAGCCCAAAUCGUGGCUCCUGAUCUGGUGGCUUGAGCUAGCAGGUGGUGUGUCGCCAUCUGACUCCUGUUCAAUGUCAGAGAGCUGGGAUGUGACUGUCAAAGAGGGAAGUGCCUUUCUCAAGGGCUGGAGUGUACCUUUGGAAGAGCAUCCUGGCUUUCGGAAUCCGUGGAUAAAAACUACAAUGGAGCAUGCCCUGUGCCAUCACUUCCACACAGAGAGUGUGCCUGGUGAACCGGAUGGCCUACAGUGGCACUCUCCCCGCCCCCAGAAUGCAGAUUGGAACAUGCCAGUGGGUAAAGCUGGUGAGAGCCAUUUCUUCAUUGUCCUUUCUCCCUCGGAAGGACCUGCUGAAGCUCUGCGUGGAUGGGAUGUAUAGUUGUUGUUGUCACAGUGCUCUCAGAUACGGAUGUUGUCCAAGUGUUCCCAGAAAGCAGAGAGGGCAGUGGUGGAGCAUGGCCAAGCGAGGUGGCACCACACUGAAUGUGUCUCUGAAAGCUGGCACUGUAUUCGGAUGCAUAUGGUGUGCUGGUUUACGGAGCCAGUUGCAUUAAUGAAGUCACCUAGCACAGGCUCUUUGCAAUGUCUUCUGUUUUAUAAAGACAAUGCAGUGUGUGUACAUUGGCUGGAAGACCAGAGCGGACCCACCAACUGCUGCUUGCCCUGAGGUUUGGAAGCUGAGAUUUACAGAAGCCAAUUCACCAGAAGGUAAGACAUCCCCAGGCAAUCCGACAGGGGCAGAUGAAAAAGGGCUAUUACAAUUAUUUUACACCUUGGGAAAUUGCAGGCUUGGCACAGAGAGGCCUGUCACCUUCACUCUAGGAUGUAAGAUUCCCCAGCUUUGGUAAAGGACUGUCACCGAAAACUGCUGCAGUGAUAUUGUGCAGUGAGCACCGUUCCCAGUGGCAAUGACAGAGAAAAUGAGUAUAAAUUACUUCAACUGGAAAAAGAGUCCCUUUCCCUGCUUUUGUAGAACACAGCACACAGGAUCGCUACCUGCAAUUGGUACUUUCUUCUUGGCUGCUGCUUCUGUUGUGAAAUGACCAUCCACGUUUUCGUAUGGAUUUCCUGUGGAAGUCCUGUCUUGUUCCAGAAGGGAAGAAAGUGCUCCCUCCAAUGUGACCAAUCUUCUGAUGCUUCAGAGACUCUGGGGCACAUUCUGAUGUCUCUCCUGCAGACUCUUUUGGCCUCUGAAGCUCUGGGCAAGAUGUUUCCAGUAGGCACGCUGUUCCCCAAGCCUCCUUCAGACACCUCCUCCGCAGGCUGCUGCUACAGAACCCAAAGGCAGUCCUGAAUGCCUCCUCUCCUGAGAGGGCAUAGACAGUGGGUGUGAACACUGUGCCAGGCUUGAGAUGGUCUGUGGACUGCUGCUUCAGACACAGGAAGUCCUUGGAACUGCCUGCAUGUCACCCAAGCUCUGAGUCAGGCCCAGCACAAGGAUGUUCUGAUGGCUCCUACUGAAGCCAUAGGCGGUGGUUCAUGGGGACCUGUCUUGUCUACUUGCUGCCCAGUUCCCUAGGGGCUCCCAUCUCAUCCCCUAGGUGCCUGGCCAGAGAAGAGCUCCACGCAGCACGAAUGGUGCCAUCCAUAGCCUGCUCUGUAUCUGGAAAUGCACGGGAGCCUGCAGUGCUCAGCGGACGGCUACUCUGCUGCUCCUGGGAGGCACAAAGUUGAGAGUAUCUUUUUCUUUUUCUCUUCUUGCCAAACGUUACUUCCUUGGCCUCCUUGCUUUAUUGGCCAGUCGCUAUAGGAUGUACAAGGAAAUUCUAGGCAAGUACUCUUUGCAUCCUGGAAAAUAAAAGGCUUUGGAAUCUAGAAAAUGCCACUCCAUCGUGGAGAAUACAGGUCCUUUGGGUACGAGUAAUCUAAGUGUCCUCCCAAGUUAGCUUUCCAUCUUGUCUCGUACGGACAGCACUUCUACUUCUAAAGGACAGCUGGAAGUCAAGAGGAAAGCAGUGCAGCUGGCUGCUGUGGCCUUUGAAGUGUGGUUCCUUCAGGUGCCCUAACCGCAUGUGCUGUGCCAGCCUCGGGUUUCUGCUGACACUGACCCCAUGGCUGGCGCUGGGCAGAGAUCCUCUUCUUCAGCAGCCCAGGGAGCUAACUGUAUCCUGCUCCUCCAACUUCACUCGGUGCGUGUGCAGGUAGCCCAGCCGUGCGGAUUACAGGCCUGUGCCGGCAUGUCAUUGCAGCUGGCCACCUGCCAGGAGGCCUGUGGAAGACCUGGCAUCUCGAGAAAAGCCUGGAGUGCACAGCAGGGACUCUCUUAGGAAGAACAUAGGGAGGGCAAGGCUGCUGGCAGACUUCUCCACUGUCCUGAGAGUGUGCUGUAUUUAUUUUUACUGUCAGUGAUUCUUUGCCUACCCGUUAAUGUAUUGAAAUGAGCUGCGGUGCUUCAGGGUGCUGUGGCCUUGCUCUUCUCCUACUUGCUUCUCAGAGACGGGAUAUAUUCCAGGGCUUGAUGUCUUCACUCUGACCACAGAAAGGUUUUCUUUAAGUAGUGUGUGUGGUCACACAUGUGCCUGAGUUGUCUGGGGCAGAGGCAAAUAUCCGACUUCAUUCUUAGAAAAAAAUCAGAAAUGGCAGCUUGAGGCUAAGUCCCUGAGAGGCUGGAAAGGCGCCUGCACCAGGAGGGCCACAGCCACAGCGCUGCACUGUAUUUCUCACUGUGUGACUAAGUGGCUAGAUGUUUGUGCCUUUACAUUAGCCGGAGCCUGGUUGGAGCGCACUCGUAUUUCUCAUGAGUGGUCAGUGUUCCAAUCACUUGGCCUCUUUUCAGCAACUUCCCAAGUGGGCAGGAAGCCACACACCAGGAUGCGGGUCAAACAUGAAGGUGUGCAUUGCUGACAGGGUACUGGACGGAGAGGAACAUGUUGAUGCAUGGCUAUCACCUUCGAAACAGCCCCUGCAGCUGGCUUGUGUUAAGACAAAAGUGAUGUUUAGCAUUCUGCUGUCUGCAUAUUUAUGUAACAAGUCUUUAAAGCCAUUCAGAUGGAUAGGUAUUUAAUUUCUUAAAGACUGUUGUGAAGCUCUCCCCCCCAGGACAGCGACGGGCAGAGCUGGAACACAGCCAGCCCUGAACACGGAUGGAGGCUGCAAUGGCUUUUUUGGCUCCUGAUCCACAAACGUCAGACCAGACUGGGUCAACAAGUGAUGGCAUGCACGAACAGGCCGCUCUAGUCAAGCCCAGGCCCUCGAGAGCGAGCACGUCCUCUGCGCUGAAAACUUCACAUAGAAAUUGGAGCCAUCUUUAUCCCAGAAGCCUUUGCUGUUGCCAGGGCAGGUGGGCUGGUGUGGACUCUCGUGUGGGGAUGCCUGGAGGCUGAGAUCGCUGUCACUAUUCAGCCAUCCGGGCCUUUAGUAUCUUUGUAAAAAGCAUGUAUUUAUAGUGUUUUAGAUUUUUCUAACUUUUGUAUCUUACAGCAUUGUACCCCAAUGUUAAAGAGCCGUGUCCCCUCUUCUUAUAAGCGCCCUUCUAAUAAACUUUUCACUGUAAAGCUCCUGGGGCAGGAGAGUA